CUGCAUGUUACACAAGCGAGAGUGUUUUUCCUCCAGUGUCCAGACCUCAUCUCAAGAAAUUGCUACAGCUCACUCAACUUCUUCCCGUUCUCGUAGAAGGCCUACCCUCACCAAAUACCGUCACAAUGUUAGUUCACGAAAGUUCUCUCCUCGCCGAGGGUCGACUUCAAUCUUGAUUAUCGUGGUUGACCACGUGGGCGUCGAAGUUGCCAUAAUUAAGUAAAUAGACCAAACCAUUAUUUUCUUCCAGACUCCUCGAGACUCCAAGCAGAACAAAUGAAGCAGAUAUUUGAAUCGGUGAGAGACAUGCUGAAAACAAGCUAUAUCACUUGGAUCGCCCUCGCCGGCUCCAUGUCCUUCCCCUACCGCUUCAUCUUCUGCGUCGUGUGCAAUCUUGCGCUGGUGGCGAGCCUGGAUGAGAUGGCGGCCAUUUGGCCCACUAUGGGCGGGCAGGGUACUGCUGACUCGAUGCUGAUGGCGUCGUAUCAUUUGUUCUAUAUGUUGUGUACAGAAAAGUGGAAGAAGUCCAUGACUCCAACGGGCUGGCUGACAGUCGUGAAUACCGCGUGUUUCUUUGGCGCCCAGUUCGUUACAGCAGCGGCCAUCAUUGCUUCAGUGAUCCUAUCCACCUUAUCCAAUAACGAUGCCUCCUUGGCCUUCGUUGGGUUCCAGAACGAGAUGGGCUGGUCCGAUGGGAUAUCAUGGACCCUAGGGAUUCUCUAUUCAAUUAUCCUGCCGACAGCGUCUGGUCAGCCCAUCUCGGAGCUCAUCCUACAGGCAACGGGCAGUCGUGUGGCCACCACGAUUCUUACUCCCAUGAUGGCCGUCUGCUUCAUCAACGGCACGAAUGGCUACGUCCCAGUUCGCACAACCAUGCUUGCAUUCAUCUUCAACGUGCUAUUCGGCCUGCUCUACCUCGACCAUUCAGUCGCGUUUAGUGCCUACGCGGUCAGUUGCAACGUCUUCCUGGAUAUGCCGUACGUCCUUCCCGUCAUCGCACUGCUGCUUCGAGGACGAAGCGUGCUGGCCAAGUAUCAGACCGAACAAACGUACUUUGCGCUUGGCAGAUACGGGUGGCUAUGUAAGUGGGUAUCUGCCAUCUUUGUCGUCGUCAUAUUGGUGUUCUUUUGCUUCCCGACUUCGUUAGCCGCGUCGGGUGAAAAAGUGAGUAGACGGUGUGCUGUUGUUAUUGGAAUCGUAAUACUCGUCGGCGCGUACUGGGGUCGUGUACGGCCAUACGUUCGAGGAACCUGUACGUGA